CUUUCAUCUGCACAACGAAGUUAAUGGGUACAUCACUACUCAAAUUGUAUUUUUGUCAACAUGUCGGACAACGAGGACUUGCUUGGCGAAGAUUUAGGAGAUCACAGUCUAGCGGAUUACAAUCUUGGCAACGACGAGGAAGAUCAACUCCUGGCUGAUGAUUAUGACUGUAGUACAUCUCACAAUGUGCCAACAUCGCUUGGACGAGGCCCCGGGGGUUAUAGUGAUCCAGCUGACAUCGUUCCCAAUGAAUACGCUCGACAGAAUCUAGAUUACAGACAGCCAGUGGUCUACAUGCCGCCUGAAGCAGAAUGUGUAGUUCCAAACAUAACAGUGGAAGUGCCAAAUACUCCACAUCCAGAACAUUCUACAUAUGCACCAUAUAAUGAGCAUGUCUAUGAACAAGAUCAUGCUGUUGUACCACCACCCAUACCAGCAGCUCCAGUGGAGUCACCACAGAUUGUACCAUCAGAAAUGUCUGUUGGAGGCAAUGUUGAAGCAGGGCGUGAGCGGUUACCUCAGCGCGUGUACACGCACCGUGCACCGUUGCCGCGCAACAUACCCGAUUCCCUGGAUAAAGUGUUCGUUCCACGCAACGCUUACGGCGGUGGUAGGGGACGCAACUCGUGGAGGAACCCGCAAUACCGACAGAACCAUCCUUAUCGACGAAACAAUGUAUUUAGGGCAAACUUCACUCAGCGCCCAUCUUUCCCACCGCCUCAAGUACGACUUCAAAUUCCAAAUACCACACAAACUCCAAACCCUCCACAAAUACAAGAGGGGAUAGCCCCAGAAAUACGGCCUGAAAUAGCUCCACCGCUCUUCCGUGAAUUGUCUCCAGAUAGACCCCUAAUUUUACCCCCUGAACGGCAAGUAAUACUUAUGGAACAACCAAUACAGCCUGGGCAAAUUAUUCCGACGGAAAGAUCAAUGAUGGAGCCAGAGAGGCUAAUUGUACUCCCAGUGAGACAAAAUGUAUCUCCUGACAGAAGAAUGAUGUCCCCAGAAAGACCUAGAAUGUCCCCAGAAAGACCAGUUUUACACCCAGAUAGACCGGCUUUUUACCUUGAUCGCCCAGAUUUACACUUAGACAGAUCGGUUUUGCAACCAGAUAGACCAGAUUUACAUCCAAAUAGACACAUUUUACACCCGGAAAGACCUAUUUUGCAUCCAGAUAGUUCAAACUUACAACCAGAUAUACCUGGUUUACACCCGGUUAGACCAGUUCUACGCCAAGAUAGACCGAUUUUACAUCCAGAUAGGCCAAUGUUAAAUUCUGAUAUGCCUAUCGAAAAUCAAAAUUUUCCAAGAUUCCAAUUCCGGAACGAAGAAAGAUACGGGCCUAGUUACGGUCAAAAUUUUAGGCCUAAUUUUGGUCAAAAUAUUCGCCCUCAUUUCGAAAGACCGAUGUACUAUCGCCCUUAUAAUCCUAGACAAUUUGGACCACCGAUGAGAGAAAUAAUUCCAAAUAACAACCUUCCCCAAGUGACGAUACGGCAAUCAUUGCCUAUGUUGCCCGCUAUGAGGGGUAGGGAGAGGGAGCCUGAAGUGCGAAUGUUGCCAGUUCUUCCCCCAAAUCUACCGAAUUUACCACCUGGUGGGCUUGCCGGGAAGAAGGUUUUGAUCAAUCCACACUUCAAAGGAAACUUUCAACCUCCAGUUGAUGGGCUCCCUGCGUACAUUCCAACAAGAAUACAAAAGACUCCGCCUCUCAGUCCUACGCUGGAGAGCAAAUUCGGUCCAAUUAAAGACAUAGAUGACGCCGCCGAGAGAUUCAUCGCAGAACAAAGAAACGCAUUAGCUAGAGCGGCCGGAAGAAAGUUUGCAAGACGGUCGCCGCAGAGGUACAUAGAGAACACAACGAUCGAAAUUGAAAAUGAUCUCGCUCGAGGCCCUCCGCCUCCCAGACGUCGCAGUGAAGAUGAGGACUUACUUAGAAGGCAGGAGGAAUUCAUUAACGCUAACAGAGCGGGUCUUAGAAGACGUAUGCGUUCGCCUACACCACCACGCCGCAGUCCUGAAAGACGCCCACGCCCACCUAAUGAUGAGGACAAUGAAUACAGACGUAAAGUGCGUGAACAAGAGGCCUUACGCGAGCAUGUGUUGCGAGCUAAAGAAGUGCGGCGAAGAAAGAACGCCGUUGCUCUCCAGAAACACUUACAAGAGAGAGAAAAAGAAAAGGAAUUACCUAAACCAGAGCAAGCCAUACCGGUAGUUAGAGAAGAUAUACCUACAACUGUAGUAACAACAGAGGCACAACAAGAAAAACCAGACACAACGAGAAAAACGCCGGAGAGAGAGAAAAUAGAGACAAAAAGGGAUCGUUCUCCGAUUAAAGUGGAGAGUGCAGAGGCUAAUUCAACUUGUGGCGGUAAACUGAAUGUCAAGUCUAUUAUUCCAGAAAAUCUUACGCCACCCCGAGAAACAGUUUCUCAGCGGUCACCCGAAAGGGCCCUUACACCGCCAUUACCCACUUUAGAGGACAAGCGCUCCCUCAGUGAUGAUGAACUGGAUCUCAUUCUAGACGACAUUGAUGACAUACUGUCUGAUGAGGAUGAUAGCGGGAGGUUUAAGGAGAAAGCUAAAGAAGUGGAACCACAACCACCGCCAUCAGCACCGAAAAUGCAAUUGGACUUGCGCUCUAAACUACCGCCAAAACUUCCAGAAACUAAGAAGCCGAGACAGAAGAUUGUCUUCAAUGACAACACGGAAGAUAAGAAAAAGAAAGAAAAUUCUCCGAUAAGCCGCACAGCACUAAGCGGAUCUAACAAAAAUACGAACACCCAAAAAGUUGAGACAAAGUUUGAAAGGCAGCCAGAGAAAGAUGACGACAAACCUAAAUUCCCGAAUCGUCGCGUGAUACUCCAACGCAAAAUACAAACAAAGGAGAAAUCUGUAUUUUCGCGCAUAGACCAAAAUGACCCAACAAAACCCAAUCCGGGUAUAUUCAGCCGCGCGGUCCGCACCGCUAUCGGGUCCGAAAAGACCCGGAUCGUUAUACAAAAUGAACCGACCAUUGAGUAUGAGAGCGGUUCGGAUAUCGAUGAGGACAAAUUACUGGAAGAAUACGGGAAUUUGGCCAUAGUUACCAACUUGCCUCACGGAAUGACUGACACCCGAUUAAACACGUUGGCAGGAAACGAUGUUCAGAAUUUAAGUUUGGAUAAGGAGGAACGCAGCGCUAAAAUAACAUUCAAGACAUCAGUAGCGGCGGAGAAUUUCAAGAAGAAAUUUAACAACAAGAUGGUAGCCGCCAGUCGACUCACUGUUUCCUUAAAAUAAGAGCGAUUCGUCUUCAAUAGAUCUUUUAAAAAUGUUUAUUAUUAUUAAAAUUAACAUAUACUAAGCUGCACUCGAUUGAUUAGCAUUUUAUACAUUGCUUGUGUUGUUCUAAAGCAGUAGACAAGUUUGAAAUAUGUUUGCGAUAUUAAACUUCUGUUAAAAAAUAAAUUAUAUGUAUAUGAUAAAUAAUUCGCUGAAUUUGUACUUUAUCAUAUAUCCGAAUCAGAUUAUACAUUUAUAGUUAGUUAAAGAAAUAUUGGAUGAAAGCAGUAUGUAAUGAAUAAUGUUUUCUAUUAGUGCCAGGGGCAUAAAUUAUAUUCAAAGAAUACAUUACUUCCGGCGCUAUAAUUGUUUUCAUUUGGCGUUUUUUUUAAUAUAUAAUUGGACAAAAUUGCAAAGUGCAUUUUACUUAAUAUGAAAAAAAAACUUAGUUUUAAUAAUAAUAGAAAAAUAAUAGGAAAUAGGGAGUGUGAAAACACCUAUGUUUCUUUACAUAUAUAUAAUAUAAGAGAGGUUUUUUUAUUUUGUUUGAUAAAAGCUAUACAUUGCAUUGUUAUAAAUACAGUGUCUACUGAGUAAAUAACAAAUUUCCGUGUGUUCUGCUUGUUAUUGACAGUUAGUUUAUUACUAAAAUUGUAUGUUAUUUUAAAUGAUUUAAGCCAUUAAGUAUUUCUCGUUUAAGUGAAUCAUCAUAGAAAAGUUUCAUGCUGAUAUUUUUGUAAUCUUUGCAGUAAAAAAAAAAUGUAUUUUGCAAUCUUUACAACAAAAAAUAAUAAUAAAACAACAAUGGUACCAAUUUUGUUGUACAUGAAUCUCUAAAAGCUAAAUUGACAUACCUAAAAAUACUGUCAAAGUAGAGCAGUGCUUUUAGACAUGUUAAUUAAGCGAGGUUUAGGUAUUUAUGUGCAACACAAUCUGCACAAAUGUGUAAUUAAAAAUGGCUUAAGAUGCACAGUUCACUAAUCUGAUACUAAUCUGAACUGAAGUUAAUGCUUAGAUAAGAUUCUUUUUCCUGUACUUCAAAUAUAUAUUUUGGUCAAAAUUACAACAAUACAUUCUUAUGUAAAUCAAAACGAUACCCUCAAAAUGUUUUUGUUUUCUACUUUCAUUUAUAUCAAAGUCAUUUUAUAAAAUGGCUGAACUAAACUAGUAAUUAGCUGUUUAAAAAAGUGUAAUAAAAAUAAAAAAUAAAUAACUUUCACCGCUUUACUUGUUAUAUAAUUUACGAAAGUUUGAUCAUGUUUUGUAACAGAGCUAGGCGAGAUAUGUUUAUCGAGUGGAAUAAAGCAAUUCUUGUCGAAGUUAUUAUUUAAUUAACAUAAGUUAAAUUUAAUAAGUAUUACUGAUAAAUUUAUAUUUUAGGGCUUUCUACCUACCACGUUACGCCAAUUUCGUUUAAAUUUCUUCAUUCUUAUAUUUUUAAUAUAAGGGUUUUGUUUAAGUUUCAAGGUAAAAAUGUAGUAAAAGUUUAUAUCGGCGUAGAAAGUUCAGUUCAUCUGUUGUGUUUUUCCUUGAUUUGUAAAUUUGUGUAAUUUGGUCGCCCAGAAAGCAUGAAUUACUAAAAACUGCUUCUCCCUCAUAAUAUAUAUGUGCUGCUAUGAGUUGUAUGCUAGUAAUGAAACCGAACAUCAUAAACAAUGCUUUGAAUAUACCUACCUGUGCAGAUGAACGUACGUACGACUACGUACUAAAUAAAAAUAAAUUCUUUACGCUAUGUUUGUAAGGAUAGAUAAUGUCGAGACUCCUGUACUAUAUAUAUUUUAUUGUAACUUAUUAUGAUCUCUUAUGAGGUCUUACGGGCCGCGUAAGACCUUAUAAUAUGUUGAAAUUAGAUCUGCAAGUGAUCAAAUGGAUAGCCAAAAUACUGGCAUGAUUUGCGAACAUCACACUUAUUCAGCACACAGGUACAAUGUGUGGGUUGCACACAACAAAUAUUUUUGCGAAACUGGGUAGCCGCUGAACGGAGUGUGGAUCACACCGCCAUUACAUGAAACCAUCAAUUGUUAUGUAGGUAGUUGUCAAACUAUGACGUUUUUUCCUUGUUAUAAAAUGACUGGUGACGCGCUCACGUGAGUUUGACGUUAAAUAACAUGAAAUAUCAAAGGGUACUAUAGUCGGAAAAAUGUAAUAGGCCCGUUUUGACAUUUGUGCAAGACCAUAGAAUGUA